UAUAUCUGUUAGCCCUGUUUGACGCCUGCCUGUUAUGACCAUGCCUUUGUUUAAUAAAAGCCUGCACAUGGAUCCGCACGCCUCAGACCGCUCAUUCGUGACAAGAACAAUCUGCAACUAAAGGGAUGAAGGGCCCUAUUGACUUCUUUAGGGUUAUUCUUACUUAUUAUUAUUAUUAUUAUUAUUAUUAUUAUUAUUAUUAUUAUUAUUAUUAUUAUUAUUAUUAUUAUUAAAUGUUUUUGGGAGUCUAGGUGUCCUUGAGGUUCUUAAAAACUCCUAAAAAUUGGCGCACACCUCGGGCUCCGGGGUCAUUAGGGCCGAGAAGAGACUGGGCCCCGGCAGCGAAAGAGGGCCUCUACAGCGGCCCCUGGAACACAGACGGUCCCGUCUCAUACAUACUACAACAUAUACAGUAUACAGUUAAAACCUUUAGAUCACAUCGAGCUCUGUCUCAACAGGAAGUCAGUUAUUCUGGGUUUUCUCUCAAACACACGCUGUGGGAUCUGAUGUCUUUGUCUUAGGUUUAUUAACUCAGUCAACAUGGUCUCAAGACACUUUAGUGGCAUUAGCAUAACGUGAGUUCAGUCUGACAUACAUAAAUUUCUUUUCAGCCUCACCAUUCUUGGAACUUUUUAUUCUUUUCUGUCUCACAAUCGAGAAAAUGUCCAGUCCUGAUGUUUUCUCAACUCCAGAUCCAAGUGACGAUGAAGAUAGUGACGGUUCUCAAAAAGACUUUCAUGAAAGGAAAUGGGGGCAAGCAGCAAGGAACAAAACCUGAAAAUGAAGGGAGAGUUUCACAGUCAUUUAGAAAAGAGCAUUCGUCCAUACAUUGAUCUGGUGGACACUCUCCGCUCGGUCGGCAUUCAUAAGGACCUGGGGUUACCUUCUAUCGUCGUGAUCGGAGACCAGAGCUCUGGAAAAAGCUCGGUGUUGGAAGCACUGUCUGGAAUUGCUUUACCAAGAGGAAGCGGAAUCGUGACCAGAUGUCCUUUAGAGCUGAGGCUGAAGAAGGUACCAGGAGUCAAGUGGAAGGCUGUUUUAACUUAUGAUAAGAAACUAAAUGAAUCUGUGACGUUUUUGGCUGGUCCUAUUAAACCCAGCAAGCUGGCGAAUGGAAAAUUAUCUCAGUCUGAGAACAAAAUUGAAUUUGCAGAUCCUUCAUUAAUUGAAGCUCAAGUGGAAGCAGCUCAGAACGAGCUUGCAGGGAAAGGCGUAGGGAUAUGUGAAGAGCUCAUCACGUUAGAGAUCAUGUCACCGGAGGUGUGUGAUCUCACACUGAUCGAUCUGCCCGGGAUCGCCCGAGUCCCUGUGGAAGGACAACCCGAGGACAUCGGGAAACAGAUUAAGCGUCUGAUCCUGAAAUAUAUUAAGAAGCAGGAGACUAUAAACCUGGUCGUGGUGCCUUGUAACACUGACAUUGCGACAACAGAAGCCCUAAAAAUGGCGCAAGAAGUAGAUCCUGAGGGCAAAAGAACCGUUGCCAUUUUGACCAAGCCAGACCUCAUAGACAAGGGAACAGAGAAGAGGGUUCUGGAUAUCAUCCACAACAGAGUGAUUCCUCUCCGUAAGGGUUAUAUCAUGGUGAAGUGUAGAGGACAGCAGCAGAUCGAUGACGACGUUCCUCUGGAGGAAGCGGCACAGAUGGAGAGGGACUUCUUCCAAAACCACGACUACUUCAGAUGCCUCUUGGAAGAAGAUAAAGUGACUAUUAAAUGUCUGUCCAUCAAACUGACUCAGGAUCUUGUUGAUCAUAUCAAAACUUCGCUGCCAGAUCUCCAGGAUCAGAUUCAGAAAGAGCUGUGGAGCGUGAAGAGAGCACUGAAAGGCUGUGAGGACGGACCUCCUGAAGACCUCGAGGGAGCCAAGGAGUUCCUCAUCGAAAUCCUAAAUGGAUUCAAUGAGAAAAUCAAGUCCCUGUUAUCAGGAGAGCCAGAGAAUGGAAAAGGUUUGUUUUCCCAGAUUCGUGCAGAAUUUAAAAAGUGGAACGAUCGUCUUAACAGUACAAAGCCACCCUUUACUUCAAAAGAGUCAAGCGAGGCGUACAGAGGAAGAGAACUGCCUGGCUUCAGCAACUACAUUGUUUUUGAGAGGAUUCUUCAGCAGCAUGUGGCUAAACUUAAAGAUCCAGCCAUUGAUUUACUCAGUGCUGUGAAAGACAUCAUCGUUAAACAGUUCACUGUCGUGAUGAACGAGUGUUUCGAGAACUAUCAAGCCCUUCGAAACAUCACUAAGGACAAAAUCAACGACAUUCAGCUCAACCAACAAGAAAAGGCAGAGCAGAGGAUCUCAGAGCAGUUUAAAAUGGAAAACAGGAUCUUCACUCAAGAUCCCAUUUUCAUGAAGGUCCUGAGUGAGAUAACGAACCAGACUUUUUCAGAAAAUGAAAUACCUGUCUUUGAUAAACAAUGCAAGUACGGUCUUCUGCUGGAGACAUAUUAUGAGAUUGCGUUGCAGAGAUUGUCUGACCAGGUGCCCUUGAUGAUCAUCUACUACAUGUUUGAGGAGACUGCUCGGAUGCUGUGUGUUCAUGUAAUGAAAUUACUGGACAAUCCAGAUGUGUAUGAGCUCCUGUCUGAAGACUCUGAAGUCAGCAGAAGACGCAGUGAGCUAAGAGCGCGUCAGAUUCGUUUGACUAGUGCCGCCAAAGUUAUUAGCAGUUUUUUUAAAGGCUAGAGGAUACAUCUGACAAUACAUCUACCCCCGUUCUCACAGACGAGGCUUUAGCCUAGUCAUAGACUAAAGCCUAAAUCUGAGCUGUUUUAAAUGAAAGGAACUUGCACUGACUGAUAUUAAAACAUGUCAGUGCCUUAAGGUGCACAGAAGUAAUGCUUAAUUGAUCUAUGGCCUAAUCCUGGUUUAGGUUAAAUCUUGUCUGUGAAACUGGUAACUAAUCGUGUAUCUGAACUUCUGUCCAAUCAUCUAUUUGGUUGGACAGGCUAUUUUCUGAGCUUGAGCGUUGCAGAAUUUGUAUGAACACAUACACUUUUAAAAAAGUCUCUAUGAAGAACCUUGAACAUCCAUGCAAUCUUUUAAAUGCAGAAAAGUUUCAUUAUAAUCAAAAAAGCUUUAAAAUGUUAUUUUUAAAAUGUUCAUCAAAAUUGUUUUUUUAGCGAAGGUUCUUUGGGAAACCAAACCUAGUUCUUUGAUGGCAUUACAGCAAAAACAGCCUUUUGGAACCUUUAUUUCUAUGAGCGUAACACUUUCUUUAGCUUGUAAAUUUUUUUAUAGUUUUACAUUAACCUUCAUCUCAUGCAGCUAUUCUUUGUUGUUUUGAAGUAGUAAGGCAGCACUUUGUACGAGUCACAUCUAUAGGCUAAAGCAGGGCAGACACCUAUAUUUUGUCAGAAAUAUCUUUGCUUUGACUACAGUACAUUAUUUUCUUGUGAUCUGUUUAAAUAUUAAAUAACUUUUGAUUGAA